UAUAUAUAAAGCCGAACCUAAAAUGAUGGGUUGCAUAGAUAUUUUGUUUCUUGCUGGGCGGUUCAAGUAGCCGUCAGGCGAUAGCCGAACAUAAUAAGCUCAGAAAUUUGGGGUUGGUUUCGCAUCGGAUCCAUCCGAUGAACUCCUCUCCGUUCAUGGACAAACAGAUCAUGGGGCUUUUCGGAUCGCCGGCGGGGAUCGGAGAAAUUGGCGCUGGCGGCGGCGGGGAAUCCUUUGAUCUGAUGAAUCCUCAGGAAGAGCGGCGCGACAACGGCGGUGUACUGAAGAGGGAGGAGAUCCUUCCCAGCUAUGAUUUCCAGCCCAUCCGUCCCGUGUCGUCGUCGCCGACAAGCUCUGGCGAUGAUGCGAGCAGACUUUCUCGGUUCACAUCAGGGCCUCUCUUUCGAGAGACAAUGCUACCUGACAUCAAGCUUGCGAAUCAUCAUGGUGCUUCAGUGGAAGAUGUAGAGAACACAGUUAAGAAGUAUGUUGAUGUUAUAUUACAUGCUCUGGAAGGUAUGAGUUCAAGAUUGUCACAGCUUGAGAGCAGAACAUGCAUACUUGAAAACUCAGUAGAUGACUUGAAAGUUUCAAUUGGAAAUAACUAUGGAAGCACGGAUGGAAAGCUGAGACAGAUGGAGAAUAUUUUAAGAGAGGUGCAUUCUAUUUUCUGGAACUUUAUACAAAAUCAUACUGUUAAUUUUAGAUAUGGUCCAAAAUAUUAAUGCAAAAUGGAACUU